UAUUUUGACGUUUAACCAAGUUAUAAAAUAUUAACGUUCUGCAUUUGUAUGAAAAUUAUAUUAUUCGUAGUUGUAGCAGCCAACUCAUUGGCCUGCAGAGGACUGGACCACUUGGAGGAAAAGGUACCAGCCUUGCAGUAUCCACCUGAAGAGCUAACAGCAAGCAUCAAGGAGCUGGUGUCAUCAACUUUGGAAACUGCCAAGGAUAAUGUUGCCUGUCCAAUCAAACAUACCUCUAAUGUUGUAUUGGACAAGGUAUCUACUGGGUACCAGCAGAGUAAGAAUGCCUUAAGUGACAGCAUACAUUAUGUCCUUAACAGCAAGCUUGUCUGCCUGGCUGAGCAGAGAGCUGACAGGGCUCUUAGUCUGUUGGAAAACCUGGUCGACUUUGUCCUUCCUGUAUCUUCAACUGAGACAG